AACCGGGAUCGGGGGUGCCGAGAAGCCGGUGCUGCUUCCCCCCGCCCCAGUCCUGCCUCCCGGCCGAAAGCGGCUGCAUCCGCUCGGCCCACGGGAAGAAAACUUGGUUGGAUUUAAAAUUCUCCUUGGGGUAGAAAGGAGCCCCGCUGGCGUGGGGUGAAGCUUAUUGAGACCGCCGCGAUCAAAGUUCCAUGUGGAUGGUUAUAUUGAGCUCAUUGCUGCAUCCCACUGAGUUUGAGAUCCAAGUUCAGAAACCGAUUCAGGCUGCAAUGGUGUGAACUGGACAAGGUGGAGUGAUUCGGAAUGUUGGCUUUGAAAGCUCAGGGAAGAAGCAGUAGGGGGAAAAACGUAACACAGUGUACCUGAAAAUGACGACAAAGCGGAACUUGUUUGUGCGGUUGGUGCCAUGCCGCUGUCUGCGUGGAGAAGAAGAAACUGUCACUGUACUUGAUUAUUCUCACUGCAGCCUGGAACAAGUGCCGAAAGAGAUAUUUACCUUUGAAAAGACCUUGGAAGAACUCUAUUUAGAUGCAAAUCAGAUUGAGGAGCUUCCGAAGCAACUUUUUAACUGUCAAUCCCUGCACAAGCUGAGUUUGCCAGACAAUGAUCUAACAACAUUGCCAGCAUCCAUUGCAAAUCUCAUUAAUCUCAGGGAACUGGAUGUCAGCAAGAAUGGCAUACAGGAGUUUCCAGAAAACAUCAAAAACUGUAAAGUUUUGGCAAUUGUUGAGGCCAGUGUAAAUCCAAUUUCAAAGCUUCCAGAUGGAUUUUCCCAACUGUUAAACCUAACACAGCUGUACCUGAAUGAUGCUUUCCUUGAGUUUUUGCCAGCCAAUUUUGGCAGGUUAACUAAACUCCAGAUAUUGGAACUGAGAGAAAACCAGUUAAAAAUGUUGCCAAAAACCAUGAACAGACUGACUCAGCUGGAGAGAUUGGACUUAGGAAGUAAUGAAUUCACAGAAGUGCCGGAAGUACUUGAACAACUGAGUGGGUUAAAGGAAUUUUGGAUGGAUGGUAAUAGACUAACUCUUAUCCCCGGGUUAAUUGGCAGCUUGAAACAGCUGACCUACUUGGAUGUUUCUAAAAACAACAUUGAAAUAGUUGAAGAAGGUGUUUCAGGCUGUGAAAGCCUACAAGACCUGCUGUUAUCCAGUAAUUCACUUCAGCAACUUCCAGAGUCCAUAGGUUCACUAAAGAAAGUAACAACACUUAAAAUUGAUGAAAACCAGUUGAUGUAUUUGCCAGACUCCAUAGGAGGGCUAAUAUCAGUAGAAGAACUGGAUUGUAGUUUCAAUGAGAUUGAAGCUUUGCCUUCAUCUAUUGGGCAACUCACUAACAUAAGGACCUUUGCUUCAGAUCAUAAUUUUUUAACACAGCUGCCACCAGAGAUUGGAAACUGGAAAAAUGUAACCGUGCUAUUUCUGCAUUCCAACAAGCUUGAAUUUCUCCCUGACGAAAUGGGUGAUAUGCAGAAAUUAAAAGUCAUCAAUCUAAGUGACAAUAGACUGAAGAAUUUGCCGUAUAGCUUUACAAAGCUACAACAGCUGACUGCGAUGUGGCUAUCAGACAAUCAGUCUAAACCGCUCAUCCCCCUUCAAAAAGAAGUCGACCCUGAAACACAGAAAACAGUGCUUACUAAUUACAUGUUCCCCCAGCAACCAAGGAGUGAAGAUGUUCUGUUCAUAUCUGAUAAUGAAAGUUUCAAUCCCUCUUUGUGGGAGGAGCAGAGAAAACAGCGUGCUCAGGUGGCAUUUGAAUGUGAUGAAGAUAAAGAUGAAAGGGAGGCACCACCCAAGGAGGGUAAUUUGAAGAGAUAUCCAACGCCAUAUCCUGAUGAACUAAAGAAUAUGGUCAAAACAGUUCAAACGAUAGUACACAGACUAAAAGAUGAAGAAACCACUGAAGAUGGUGGCAAAGAGUCAAAGAGAGAAGGCCAGCAAGUUUCAGUAAAAGAUGUGGGUGUAAAGACUUCAGAAAUUGCUUCAGCAAAGAGCAAAACAGAAGACAGAGAGAACUAUAUGAUGGAAAAUUGCGUGCAGAAGCCCACUGAACCAGAAGCGGAGCACAGCACUGGAAAUUCACAGAUGACUGCACAUGUUAAAACCUUAGAGAACACGAAAAUAAUUGUCAACCAUGAAGAUAUGCUUGAGGAGUCAGAAGAACUUUCUUCUGAUGAAGAGAUGAAAAUGGCAGAAAUGCGCCCACCGCUGAUAGAAACUUCCAUUAACCAACCAAAAGUAGUAGCACUUAGCAAUAAUAAAAAAGAUAAAGAUGCAGAUUCCUUAUCAGAUGAAGCCACCCAUAACAGCAAUCACAAUAACAGCAAUUGUUCCUCUCCUUCUCGAAUGUCAGAUUCAGUUUCUCUAAAUACCGACAGUAGCAAUGACACUUCAGUGUGCUCUCCGGACAAAGAAACACAUAGUGCUGCUAUUUCCAAAAUCAGGCAAGAAGAUGAAAAUUUUAAUAGCCUUUUGCAAAAUGGAGGUGAAUUAAACAUCACAGCAGAAGAAGAAAUCAAUGCGCAAGAGAAAGUUACAAAUUUACCUGAAUAUGAGUUAAGGAUUGAAGAGAGAUUAGCUCUAAUAGAAAAAGGUGUUGAUCUAAACACAACUACUGAGGAAUCACACAAAUUAGACCAAAUUAACAUGAACAUCAACAAACUGACUAGUGAAGAUACAAUACAACCAAGUGUUAUGGAAAGAUUAAAGACACAGGAAAUAGUGUCGGUAAAGGGCUGUUUAAACUAUAACAUGAAAGAAGAAACUGAGCACUUGGAAAAUAGAAAUCAAUAUUCUAACCUCUGUUCUAUAAGUAAAGUGAAUGGACAUUCUGAGAAAGCACCGCAAUCUCCAAGGAAGGCUGAAUUAAAGAGAAGCAUUACAGUUGACACUGAUUCUUCUGUGGAUAUAUGUAUUUCAAAGAGCACUGAAGAUCUGUCCCCACAGCGAAGUGGUCCUGUGGUGAAAUCUCACAGUAUCACCAACAUCGACACUGGUGCUCUAAAAAUUUUUGAUAUUGUUAAUGACAAUGGAUCCCAAGAGCCCAACUCAGUGGUAAAAUCAGCAUCUGCUGGUCCAGAUGGAAAAAACAUUGUCCGAAGCAAGUCUGCUACUCUUCUAUAUGACCAACCUUUGCAGGUAUUUCCUGGAUCAUCAUCAUCUUCUGAUUUAGUAUCUUGUACAAAAACUUUGUUCAAGUUUGAUUCAAAUCACAAUCCUGAAGGUGCUAAUGUAGUUAGAGGACCAGGGGCAAGUGGUGCACAGAUGUUCAGUGUACCUCAGUAUAAUAUCCAAUAUAGCAGCAGUACAACAGCCAAAGACACCUUGUGGCUCCCAAAACAAAAUGCCCAAAUAGAACAAGGGAGCUUACCACCUCAGCGUCUAUCUAGGUCAGACAGCACAGAAAGCUCUAAUUACGUAAAACAUUCUGCCAACAUGAAUUUCUCCAAUCAUAAUAAUGUUCGAGCCAAUGCUGCAUAUAACAUGCAUCAAAGGAUGGGUGGAAGACAUUUAGAAAUGUGGGCUAUUCCACCGAAUGAUAGACUUGUUCCUGGAGCAACCAGAAAUACUCUUCAGAGACAGAGCAGCAUAUCCUCUACAGCUUCCAUAAAUGUUGGUGAUACUGGACCCCCAAGGCGUGCCCAGGUUCCUGAAGGGGACUACUUAACAUAUAGAGAUUUGCAUUCAAUGGGAAGAGCUCCACCAAUAAUGUCUGGGCAACCGAGACCUCUUUCUGCAAGAACGUACAGUAUUGAUGGUCCAAAUGCACCUAGACCUCAGAGUGCUCGUCCUUCAGUGAAUGAAAUACCAGAAAGAACUAUGUCAGUUAGUGACUUUAAUUAUUCACGGACUAGUCCCACAAAAAGACCAAACCCAAGGGUUAAUUCUGAACAUUCUUUGUUAGACCCUCCAGGAAAAAGCAAAGUCCCUCAUGAUUGGCGGGAACAGGUGCUGCGACACAUUGAAGCUAAAAAGUUAGAAAAGAGCAUGCUGUCUAGGUCCUUUAAUUCCAAUUAUGCUGCAGUUAGCAGCUUUCAGUAUGGCAGCUCUAGGGAUCUGCAUGGCAGCCAGAGUAGUGUUGCCUUGAGUGUUGCAGACAGAAGAGGUUCUGGUGUGCACAUGGUUCGUAUACCUUUGACAAAUGGGCAGAUGUGCCAGCCUCACAGGCCUCAGACAAACUAUAGUCAAGUCCAUCAUCCACCUCCCCAAGCAUCUGUGGCAAGACAUCCCUCUAGAGAGCAAUUAAUUGAUUAUCUGAUGCUGAAAGUUGCGCAUCAACCUCCCUAUACUCAGCCUCAGUGUUCUUCCAAACAAGGCAAUGAGAUGGCUAAGCAAGAGAUUCGAGUGAGAAUUGAAAAAGAUCCAGAGCUAGGAUUUAGUAUAUCAGGAGGAGUUGGCGGUAGAGGAAACCCAUUCAGACCUGAUGAUGAUGGUAUAUUUGUAACCAGAGUGCAGCCUGAAGGACCAGCAUCUAAAUUGUUGCAGCCUGGAGAUAAAAUAAUUCAGGCUAAUGGAUACAGCUUCAUCAAUAUUGAUCAUGGACAAGCAGUGUCCUUGCUGAAGACUUUUCAGAACACAGUGGAACUCAUAAUUGUGCGAGAGGUUUCUUCAUAA